CUAGAUACAAAGCAGAAGAUGCGCCAAGCCUGGAAGUCCUGGCUGAUCUACAUGGUUGCUCGUAGGACCAAAUUGCACAUGCAGACCACUGCUCUAGAGUUUAGGCGGCGGAGUACCUUAGGUUUCUGGUGGAGCAAGUGGAGGUGGCGACUAGAACAGGCCCGGGCGGACCAUGUUCUCCACGCAGUGGCUGUGAAGCAUCGGGCCCUGAGCCUCCAGCUGCAGGCUUGGUCUCGGUGGCAAGAACAGCUCCUGACCAGCCAUCGGGAGAGAAGGAAGGUGCUCACUGCUGUGCGGCACCAUCAGCGCUGGCAGAAGCAGAGAUCUUUGAAGGCUUGGCUUAAAUACCUGCACAUCUGCAGGGUGAAGAGGUGGCAGAAUGAGAUGGCUGUACAAUUCCACCGUGUCACUGUGCUCCAGAUAUAUUUCUGUGACUGGCAGUGGGCCUGGGAGUGGAGGCAGAGCUUGUCUGCCCACCAGGCCCUGGUGGCGAAGCUGGCCAGGAAGAUGGCCCUGCGGAGGGCCUUUGCACACUGGAAGCACUACAUGCUGUUACAGGCAGAAGAGGCUGCCCAGUGUGAGGCAGCAGAAGAACACCGCCGGCACUGCCUGCUGUAUUCUUGCUUUAAAGCUUUAAAAGACAACGUGACCCAGGCCCGACUCUGGCGAAUGAGAAGAAACCUUGCUCACCAGCUGCAUGAUACUACGCUGCUCCACAGGUUCUGGAACCUCUGGGAGUCUCGGAUUGAGCAGAGGGAGGAGAGGAUGCAGCCGCCCUCGCUGCAAGCAGCCCGGAGCCACUACAGGAUGACAGUCCUCCACAAGUGUGUCAGGGCAUGGUUACUGUAUGUGCACAGGAGACGGCGCCAGCAGUUACUGCAAGCCAGAGCAGAUGGUCAUUUUGAGCAGAGAACACUGCCUGCUGCCUUCCACACAUGGUACAGAGUCUGGCAAUGGCACCAGCAGAGACGAGCCCUCCACAUAAGAGCAGUGUGUUUUCACAGGGAGACACUAGAGAAGCAAGUUUUUGCUCUCUGGAGGCAGAAGGUGUGUCAGCAUCGAGAGAACCGCUUGGCUGAGAGAAUGGCUGUACUGCAUGCAGAGCGGCAGCUUUUGUGUAGGUUCUGGGUCAGGUGGCACCAACAGGCAGCAGCUUGUCACCAGGAGCGGGAGUGGCAGGCCGUAGCCUGUGCCCACCACCACAGCGGGCUGCUUAGGAAGGCUUUCUGGAUCUGGAGGGAAAGCACCCAAGGCUUCAGGACAGAGAGGAUGGGCCGGGCACGGGCUGCAGGCUUCCACUCGGCACAGCUCCUGCGUUGGGCCUGGAGCACGUGGCGGGAGGCUUACCAGGACAGGGUGAGGAGUGUCCUACAGGAAGUGGCAGCCAGGGAAAGACAGCACAACAGGCAACUGCUAUGGAGGGUGUUACAUCGUUGGAGGGAAAACACCAUCGCUCGUUUGGCUGCGGCCAAAAAAACCUCUCAAGCAAGAGUCCACUACAACAGGACUCUGUGCUCCAAGGUCCUGAUCCAGUGGCGGGAAGUUACGUCAGUGCAGAUCUAUUACCGACAAAAGGAGGCAGCUGCCCUCAGGGAGGCCCGGAAAGCGCUGGACAGGGGCUGUCUCCGGAGCUGGUUUCAGCGCUGGCGGCUCUGCAGCCAGAGUGAAGCCCGGCAACGAGUCCAGCUGGAGCAGGCGGCCCAGCAUCACCGCCGGCAGCUGUUGAUGGAAGGGAUGGCCCAGUGGAAGACAUACCAUCUGGGCUGUGUCAGGAAAAAGCUUCUGCAGAGACAAGGUGCUCAACUCCUGGCACAGAGACUCGGUCGGGCCUGCUUCUGCCAGUGGAGGAAACAGCUGGCAUCCAGGAAGCAAGAGCAGCAUGGCACAGCCCGGGCCCUGUGGUUCUGGGCCUUCUCACUGCAGGCCAAGGUGUGGACUGCAUGGCUGGGCUUUGUGCUUGAGAAGAGGAGGAAGAAGGGCCGGCUGGAACGAGCCAUGCACGCCUACCAGCAGCAGCUCCUACAGGAGGGUGCCACGCGGCUCUUGCGCUUCGCAGCUGGUCUGAGGGCCUCUCGGCAGCAGCUGCAGGCCCAGCAGCAGGUCCAGGCAGCCCACAGCCUCCAUUGUACAGUCCGCCGCUGCGCUGAGCUCUGGAAAAAGCAGGCACUGGGCCCAGGCAGGACGUCUCAGCCACCAGCACCCGUCACAUUCAGCAGGAGAGUGACCUUUAAGGAUUCCUUUCUCUCUGGGGUGGCUGCCGAGGCUGGGGAUGCCACCCUGGAGACCAAGAAGCUGAGAGCUCCUCCAUCCCAGGGAUUCCUGAGCCACCUGGCAGUAGCUGCUGGGGAGCCCUGCUGCCGAGAGCUCAAGGAGGCCCGAUUAUCACGGAAGCAGCCACGACGCCCAUCCUUCCUGCUGGAGCACUCGAGGAGCCCGAGGUCCCCAGGGUGGUGCACUGUUGGGGAGCAGCAGUUGGAGAAACCCCUAGAAAAGGGUCAAAGCACGGCUCCAGCAGGAGGCCUUUCCCUGACGAGGCCCUUCCUACCGGUGGUCCCGUUGAAUGUUCCUGGUCCGAAACUGCCUCCUAGAGCAAGUCCAGGCCUGGAGCUGUUGCCUCCUUCCUCCUUCCUGCCCCGUGGAGUGGGAGGCACUGCAGAGGUGUCAGCUAAGCCCAGCAUCUCUGGACUUCAACCUUGGGUGUGCCCAUCUCCAACCAGGGGCCCCAAUUCCCAUCUCUUCCUCACUGGAGAUUCCACAAGCGCCAGAACUAGGCCUGGAUGUGGCCCCGAGGCUACAGGCCACGCAGAGCUUGAGGCUGAGCUAGAGGAGAUUCAGCGGCAGUUAGAGCACUACCAGAGCACCAAGCAGAACCUUCGGUCAUACCAGCGACAAGCCAACAGCCUGCGGAGAUGGCUGGAGCUAAGCCAGGAGGAGCCCCGGUCUGCGGACCUGGAUCUAGAACAGCAGGUGAAAAGAGAACUGGAGGAGGUAAGGCCUGGGUCAGGCCCUGGGUCAGCCCCUGUGCUGCACUUCUUUGAGCUUGACUUGUCCCUCCCCUGCUCCCAGGUGGAACUACAGAUCCAGCAGCUGGCUGAGGAGCUCCAGGCCCAGCGGCAGCCCACUGUGACAUGCAUUGCUCGUGUUCGGGCCCUGAGACAGGCUCUGUGCUAGUGGCUCGCCUCUGGGACCAGGGGCUAUCUUUCAUAAGGGGCCAUAGAUUACUUUCAACAAAAGAAUACAAAGCUGCUACAACAGUUUUCAAUGUUUUUAAUUUCAAAAUGUCUUAUAAUUAAAUGAAUUACUGUUCAGAAGUCUCCUACUUUUCAUACAAAAUACUGUACUACUGAUACAGUUGACAAAGUUCAAUGACUUCUCCUGCAGAGAAAUUCAUGGCGUUCCCAAGAUCAACAUGAAAUCUGGCCUUGUCCCUACCAUUGGGUUUCCCAUGGCCUGCAUCCCUCACAGCCACUUGGAACUGGUUUUCUAGGCACCGAUCACCAUGCUGUCCACCUCCAACACAGCCCCUGGACCAAUAGCAGCAUGUCCCCUACUUCCUGCCGGGCUGGGCCUCCACCUGCCCCUUGACUCUGGACUCUACCAGGGAAGUCAGGUAUUGCCUGCCAACAAAAGGACUCAGCCAGCUUUGGAAGGUCAGCCCCUGAGGACUACAAAGGUCUACACC